GGUUUUUUCUCCGGUUUGGAGUUUCCACGUUAUAUUUUUGUGUUGUUGAUUGCAUUCUUUUAUUUUCUCUAUGCCGGUUUUUCCCAACAGUUUCUAAUAUCAUCAUCGAUUAGGGUUUGGAGUUUGAACGCGGGUGAUUCCUGGAAGAUGGUAGUUCAUAGAGGAGUUCUGAAUGGAGGGCCAAUGAAAGUAUUCAGAGAAGGGAUUUCUUUGGUUAUCAAUUUUUGGUGGCAGAUUCGACGGAAUCGUGAUGUUGUUUACCGUGACCUUAAUCAACUUCGUCGCUGCCUGUUUGAUUGGUUCAUUCAAUCCGAAGUUCCGCCUUCUGUUUCUUCUGCAACGAUGAAACUCGAGCAUCUACUUCGUCUUUAUAGAAUAGAUAUCAUAGAUCUUGAUAACAGCCUUGAAGAGGUUUCUGAACAACUAGUGGUUAUGUACCGUGAAUGUUUACAAGGUGAUUUUAGCUCUGUUGAGAUCAUCCAGGAAGCCAAUUUGAGGCUAGCUCGCCAUCUAAUACGGCCCAAUUCGUCUGAAGUGGAUGAUGCUUCUCAAGUGUUUAGACAAGGGAUAUGUUUGCUUAUGGAGAAUUUGUGGGUGCGCAAUGUCUUCAUUCAUCAAUUGUGUCAAUCUAACCCCCACCUAAUGCUUCAAGAACUUGCUGAUGACAUUCUCUUUUGGUUCACUCAAACCAUAAAGCCGCUUUCUUUGGCUUACUUAGAAAGGAUUCUCAGGAACGAACUGUAUUCUCGUCCUAUAAAUCAUGAUGUUGCUGCUACUAAUGGCAUCACUGAAGAGGUAGCUACCAAACUCAUGCUUAUGCAUAAAGAAUGCUUACAAGGCAACUUUAGCUCUGUCGAGUUACUCAGGGGGGAAAGUCUCAACCAGGAUCAAUUAGGAAUGUCAGAGAGAAUUGGUGUUGCUCCUCUGGCUGCUGCUGUUCCCGUUGUUUCGGAAAAGAUACGUGUGGAAAGGCAAAGGGAGAGGGAACAAAGAGAGAAGAUACGUGUGGAAAGACAAAAGGAGAGGGAGAGGGAGAGAAGGUGGUUAGAGGAUAAGGAUGCUGCCAUGGGAAAGAAGAGCAAGAUUACUACAGAUAGGGAUCAUGAUAUAAGCGAGAAACUUGAUCUUGGUUAUGCUUCUACUAAUGAGCAAGGGAGAAUGGUGGUGUAUGAUGAAAGGCUAUUCAGCUAGAAUAGAAAAAGGUGAAUGGAUUUUUAAAUGACUCCUCAUGACAGUUUUAUCUUUGCAUGUAUGGUUAAUUUAGGUUCGAAAGAACAUUGAAGUAUGUUGCUUGAAUGAGAUGCAUUAUUUUGGUAUGGCCUGUUCUUUAUCCGACUGCAACAUGACCAUAUGGACUAGUGUAAUAUUCUUCUUCACCGCAUUUUUUCGUAUCUGGUUAUUCUUGAAUUGUAUGCUAGUACAGUACGUCGUUUAUGCCUUUUCAAUGUUAUAACUGAGUGCAACAUGACCAUGUUGGUUGGUUGACA